GCUUUGCUCCUGUAACUGCAUGUUUACAGAGCUCUAAAACAGAGAUGGAUAAAACUGCCCCUGCGCUAGGGAACAUCCGCACCGCGCGUCUGGGAAGACCCUGUGGCGGACAGUGUAUCAAGCUCCUAAUGGGGACCGUUCACUGCGCCCUAGGAACUAUGGGGCCCACGGGGGGCGGGGACCGUGUCCUUCCCGGCGCUUAGAGAAAGCCUCCUGCUACUGUCUGGGGGUUAGCUGGGGAAGAAGGAAGAAGACAGAGCGUUUCAAGCGUUGGGGCAGUCACGUGUGUAAAGACUGUUUUGUUCAGGAAGUGGUAGUGGUUCAUUGCGAUCUGACAAGAUCAAAGCUGCGAGAGAAUGGACAGUGAGGUACAGAGAGAUGGAAGGAUCUUGGAUUUGAUUGACGAUGCUUGGCGAGAAGACAAGCUGCCUUAUGAGGAUGUUGCAAUACCACUGAAUGAGCUUCCUGAACCUGAACAGGACAAUGGUGGCACCACAGAAUCUGUUAAAGAACAAGAAAUGAAGUGGACCGACUUGGCCUUGCAGUACCUCCAUGAGAAUGUUCCCCCCAUAGGAAACUGACGCCUGGCUCCUUGUUCAUCAACAGAUUUUUUUUUUUUUUAAAUACACAGAUACAAAAUGUUUUCUUUCAGUCUCCUAAUUUGAGUCUUUUAGUGACAGGUCAGCACUCAAAAAUGUGCAGUUAACUUUGUGGCAGCCAAAUGCAAUGUGAAAUUACUCAGCCAGAAUGAGAAGCUGACUGAUCUCUUGUGAGUGAACCUAAAGGUCCUUUGAACCUAAGGUUCUUCAUUGACUAGCUCAUGUUUCAUCAUGAUUCAUUAAACAUUUGCCUUCAACUCUGA